UUUCAGAAUCCCAUAUGCAAUGGUAUCACUUGCUCCUGCUAAUUCUCAUGAUCCUGGUCCUAAUCCCAUGUUUCUGGCAAGCUUGGCUACGAUUUUCCCGUCGAUUCUCCGAUUCCUAUGAUCUAUCAAGAAAUGCGCAAAAGCGUGAUGAGAUUUCAAAGGAGUUUUAUGUAUAGCUUACUGACAGGAUUUCAAAAAACAGUUACGGGUACAUUCCAACUGGUCAUUGCUCAUUGCUCUCUCUUUAUGCUUCUCAUCACCAACGAAUCCACUCAAUUUUCACUCAAGCUGUCAUCUCCAGCAGUGUCUCUCAAUUUAAUUAUGCUUGAAAUUGUUUUAUAAAAUGAAACAACACAUACUCUGUAAA